AUGCAUCGCACUCGCAAACCUACACCACUGCCUAUCACCCAGUCCCAGUGUCAGCUCAGCUGUCGGCGCUGUCGCUGUCGCUCUGCUAAGAUGACCAGAGAAAAGAUUGAUGUACAUCAAUGCUAUGGUAGUGCUUGUGAAUUGGCUCCCCAAUGCUGGCCUGUUUUGUCAACAGUGAUUGACAAGUACCAGACGGAGAGCACCAUCAUGGAGAGGUGCUGUCGGUGUUUAAGGUUUGCCAUUCGAUGUGUAGGAAAACAAGCCGCACAUCUCCUCGAGCCUCUCGUCAAACAAAUGGUCAGUGUGUACACCAGACACCCGCACAGUUGUUUGCUGUACCUAGGCUCCAUACUGGUGGAUGAGUACGGCAGUGAAACGUCGUGUGUGGCCGGUCUGUUAGAGAUGUUGCAGACGUUUAUCACCACAACAUUCUCGCUGCUGCAGGAAGAGAACGGCCUCAAGAACCAUCCUGACACUGUAGAUGAUUUCUUCAGGUUGUGCAAUAGGUUCCUACUGAGAGCCCCGGUUGUGUUCCUCACUGCUCCAGUGUUCCCCUCCAUCCUACAGUGUGGACUGAUGGCUGUUCAGCUCGACCAUCGGGACGCUAACUCCUCUGUCAUGAAGUUCUUCUCGGACAUGGUACAUGCGGGAGUCUCGCAUCCGGAAAGAGAGGACUUCACUGCUAGACAACAACUAGUGAGAGAGAUGCUGGCUGAGCACGGGCGCACGCUAGUCAACAACCUGAUCCAUGCGUCGGUGUUUUGCCUACACUCCUACAUGUUAUGUGAUGUUGCGAUGGUCAUCACCGAGCUCAUAUUGUGGGACAGAGAGACUUUUAGGUCUUGGAUUUGGGAAACUCUAUCACAGUUACCAAAACAAAAUACAGGAGGAAGUGUUACAGCAACAGAAAAGCAACUAAUGGAAUUCCAAGACACAGUAACAAAUGCUCAGAACGUGAAGAUCAUCACGCACAGUUUACGAGAUUUCGCUCGAUUAUACCGAUAAUUGUACAUCAUAAACCUUUUAUUUAUUUUUAUAUUCAGAUUAUUUGUAAAAAAGUAAUAAAUCAUGUUUUAUUUCAUUGUACAACGGACUCUGCAAUAUUAAAUAUUGUUUAGUCAGUUCAA